GCCAUGGCUGUCACGAAUCCAGAGCAACUGCUCCUAGGUGAAGUGACUUGUGCGGUGUGUCUAGAUUAUUUUAAAGACCCAGUGUCUCUAGAUUGUGGGCACCAUUUCUGCCAGGCCUGCAUCACUCGGUGCUGGGAGGCAUUGAGCACAAACUUACACUGUCCUGAGUGCAGAGAAACCUUCUCCCAGAGAAACUUCAAACCAAACAGACAGCUGAGGAAUAUUGUAGAAGCUUCCAGAAAACUUACACUGGAGCCAACAAAAGAACCAGAAGUUGGGAGAGUGUGUGAAAAACACAAGGAGGAUUUAAUAGUCUUCUGCCAAGAGGAUCAAACACCCAUUUGUUUGGUUUGCCACCUGUCCCGAGAUCACAGAGAACACACUGCAGUUCCCAUAGAGGAAGCUGCUGAGGAUUACAAGGACCAAAUUUGGAGUCGUUUGAAGAUCUUGAAGAAAGAGAGAGAAGCGAUUUUGUCAUUUAAAUUGAGUGGGGAAAAUAAAAGCCAUGAAGUGCUGAAACAGCUGGAAACUGAGAAGCAGAAGGUUGUGUCUGAAUUUCAGCAACUGCGUCAGUUUCUGGAGAAACAAGAGCGACUCCGGCUGGCUCAGUUGGAAGAGCUGAAUAAGGAAAUUGAAAAGGGGAGGGCUGAGUAUGUUGCCAAAUUAUCUGAGGAAAUAUCUUCUUUCAGUUCCCUGAUCAGUGAGAUGGAGCAGAAGUGCCAGCAGCCAGCGAGUGAAUUCCUGCAGGACAUCAAAGGCACCUUGAGCAGAUGCGAGAGGAAGAAGUUUCAGAACCCAGUGGCCUUUUCUUCUGAAUUGAAAUCGAGAAUCUGGGAAUCUUCUCAAAGAAAUGCAUCUUUGGAGCCCAUAAUGAAGAAAUUCAAAGACUCACUGUCGUCUGCACAGCACUUGAACAAAGCAAACGUGACCCUGGAUCCAGACACGGCCAAUCACCGACUCACCGUGUCUGCGGAUCGGAGAAGUAUGAGAUGGGGGGAGACAGAGAAGGAUCUGCCCGAGAACCCUGAGAGAUUUGACGCUGAUUUCUGUGUGAUGGGCUGUGAGGGAUUCACUUCGGGCAGACAUACCUGGGAGGUGGAGGUGGAGGGGUGGGGAUUCUGUUUUGUGGGGGUGGCCCGAGAGUCUGUGAGCAGGAAGGGAGAGAUCAGCUUUAACCCUGAGCAGGGGAUCUGGGCUGUGUCGUGCAGUGAGGAUCAGUACUGGGCUCUCACGUCCCCUGAGCAGCGCAUCCCCUUGUCCCCGAGCCGGGCACCCCCCAGGAUCCAGGUUCAUCUGGACUAUGAACAGGGGAAGGUGGCCUUUUUCGAUGCUGGUACCGGGGACCCGAUAUUCACUUUCCCGCCGGCCUCUUUCGCUGGGGAGAGAAUCCGCCCGUUCUUCUGUGUUGUUGGUGUUAGUAUGCGGCUCACCCUGUGUCCCUGAGGUUCCCUGUCUGUUCCCAUGAAUCAGGUUCCUCUAGCCCCCACCCCCCUGAUCUCUUUGACCUGGAGGACUCAGCCAGUCUUCCCCCCCCCCCUCCCGCCACGGCACAGACAGUGCUGAGGUGGGGUGAAGCUCUGCCCGUAUCUCUGGCUGUGGAGGUCUCUGUGAGGUGCUGUAGACUGGGUCUCUAUGCUCCUAGGAAGACAACUCUGUGUGGAGUGUGGGGGGUCCCACCAAGGAAGGAGGGAGCCCCCUUAUGGGAGAGGGACGCAGCCAAUGGCCAGGGAGAGACCCCUCAACUGGGGGAGAGCAGGGGAGAGGACUGGCUGAAGGGGCUGGGGGGAGGGGAGAGCAGGGUGAGGCCUGGCUGAAGGGGCUGGGGGCGGGGGGGGGGGACUGACCAGAGGGCAAACCAGGCGUCAGGUGGGGAGAGGUUCCCAGGAGAUCAGGGGCAGGUAUCGCAGGGGAAGCAGAGCUGAGCAGGGAGGACCCAGCUGCACAGACAACGUCCUGCCCCUUGGCUUGGGGGACACAGAGGCUCAGGACCCGUCGGGCCCCCCCAGGGUUCCACCAAUCAGAGCCCAGGACUGGAGUCCUCUGCUCCCCUUCAGCGGCUAUUCUAGCAGCGUGAGCAGGACACUGGGUGGUGGUUCGGACUGAUGAGCUCCUAAGCGCCCUGUGGGCCAGCGUUUGAGUCUUGUUGACUCUUGAGAGUCGCCCACUUCCACCUUCAUUGAAUUAGCUCGUUAGCACUGACCCCCCCACUCGGUAACGCAACUCCCAUCUGGUCAUGUGCUGUGUGUUUAUACCUCCCUACUGUAUGUUCUACUCCAUGCAUCCGAUGAAGUGAGUUCUAGCCCACGAAAGCUUAUGCCCAAAUAAAUGUGUUAGUCUCUAA